AUGAAGACGACAAUUAUUUCCAUAUUUCUUUUUGUCUAUUUCUUCGCGGUUGUGAAGGGUAAGGAUGAUAUUAUUUUAGAAGAUGUCUCUAAAGUAGUGAACGAAAGAAAUGGAAUCGCUCUGCUCAAAAAUCAAAGUGCCGCCGAGAGUGAAUUUUUCGUGCCUGGGUUGAUUAGAGAGUAUAGAACUGAUUUAGAAUCCGACCAGAUUGUAUACUUCUUAGAUGCCUUAAAUGAAGUUUGUGAUUUGAUGCGAUUUUCCUUAGCCUCCAUUGUAGAUUUUGAUAGUGAAUCGCGACACUCAGAGAAUGUGUUUCUAUCCAUAACGGCUGAAUGUGAUCCCAAUGUCUGCAAAAAUGGUGGUACCUGUAAUGUAGUAAACAACCAGAUCAGAUGCGGUUGUGUUUCUUCUUACAGUGGUCCAUACUGUGAAACUAAAAAGGCUGUAUGUGACCACGAUGUUUGCAAAAAUGGUGGUACCUGUAAAGUAGUAAGCAACCAGAUCAGCUGCGGUUGUGUUUCUCCUUACAGUGGUCCCUACUGUGAAACUAAAAAGGUAAGACCAUGUUCAUCGAAUCCUUGCCAAAAUGGAGGAACAUGUAUAGAAUACUACAUCUCGUUUGACUGCAUCUGCCCAUCUCAAUAUACAGGAAAAAAUUGUAGUAAAAAAUUGAAAGCAGGACCAUGUUCAUCGAAUCCUUGCCAAAAUGGAGGAAUAUGUACAGAAAACCACAAUUCGUUUAACUGCAGUUGCCCAUCUCAAUACACAGGAAAUAAUUGCGAGUUGAAAGGAACUGAUCAGCCGUAUUCCACCGAUAGUUCAGAAUCCACAGAUUGGACAGAUCCUACUUUUAGUACAGAAACUGAGCAGCCUUAUUCCACCGAUAGUUCAGAAUCCACAGAUUGGACAGAUCCUACUUUUAGUAAAGAAACUGAGCAGCCGUAUUCCACCGAUAGUUCAGAAUCCACAGAUUGGACAGAUCCUACUUUUAGUACAGAAACUAGGCAGCCGUAUUCCACCGAUAGUUCAGAAUCCACAGAUUGGACAGAUCCUACUUUUAGUACAGAAACUGAGCAGCCAUAUACCACCGACAUUUUAUCAACCACAGACUGGAUAGAUCCUACUUUUAGCACAGAAACUGAGCAGCCAUAUACCACCGACAUUUUAUCAACCACAGAUUGGACUGAUCCUACUUUAAGUACAGAAACUGAGCAGCCAUAUUCCACCGACAUUUCAUCAACCACAGAUUGGACAGAUCCUACUUUUAGCACAGCUGGUGUUUGUGACUGUGGCAAACAUUCAAUUGCAUGCUAUUUAGAUAAUGAAGGAAAGAAGAUGUGUAUAUGCGACGUUGGGUAUUCUCAGUUGUUCCACACAUGUAUUGAUUGUUAUUGCGGCGAAAAAUCAUUUGGAUGCUUCUUUGAUAAAAGUAAGGAGAAGAAGUGCUUAUGCAAAGAGGGUUAUGCUCAAUACCAAGAAGCAUGCAGAGAAACAUGUAAAUACGACAGAGAGUGUCUGAAUGGUGGAAUCUGCAAGAUCAGUUAUGGAAGAGUUGGAUUUUGUGAGUGCAGGGCAGACUACAGCGGAGAUAGGUGCGAGAUCAAUGAUAUCUGUGAUCAUUUCAAUGAUGUAUGCCAACGAUAUGGAGCCAUAUGCGUCAUUAAAGACGGUUUGCCAUCUUGUGAAUGUCCUUCUGACAGGGAAGGUGUUACUGGACUUUGUGAAAAUAUCUGCACUCCAGAUAAAUGUAUUCAUGGUCGCUGCGAGAUAUUUGGGGAAGAUUUCAAAUGCAGGUGUGAAUCUGGCUUUGAAGGAAAAUACUGUGAUAGCAAAAUUGCACCUAGCAAACGUGAUGGAAUAUAUUUUAUUCUGAUUAUCACUGGCGUAGUUUUCAUACUGAUAUUUAGCAUUGGAAUGCUAUGUAUGGCAAUUUAUUUCAGAUUGAAAAAGAAAGCUGCAGCCACUGAUUUGGAAAGCAUGGUAAAUGAUGAAAGAACAGAGACCAAUUGAGUUAAACAUUAACAAUAAAAAUAUAUAAAAUUUUGCAAUUUGCUU